AUGUAUGCAAUAAAUCAGCGCUGUAUUUACAUAUCUUUUCAUUUCUUCGUGUUGUGGUGUCACGCGCAGGGGGAGAAUCACCCGUCUCCUAAUUUUAACCAGUAUGUGAGGGAGCAGGGCGCAGUGACGGACCAGCUCAGCCGGCGACAGAUCAGGGUCUACCAACUAUAUAGCCGGACCAGCGGCAAGCACGUCCAGAUUCAAGGCAAGAAGGUCACCGCUACCGCUGAAGACGGAAAUACUUUCGCCAGGCUCUUUGUAGAGACGGACACCUUCGGCAGCCGAGUUCGGAUCAAAGGGGCAGAGAGCGGACGCUACCUCUGCAUGAACCGGAAAGGAAAGCUGGUCGGAAAGCCCAAUGGGAGAAGCAGAGACUGCAUCUUCACGGAGAUAGUCCUGGAGAACAACUACACGGCCUUCCAGAAUGCCAAGUAUGAGGGCUGGUACGUGGCCUUCAGCAGGAAAGGAAGGCCGAUCAAGGCGUCCAAAACCAGGGAGAACCAGAGAGAGGUCCAUUUCAUCAAAAGGCUCCAUAAGGGCCCACUGCCCUUCCCAAAUAUGGACAGACCAAGACACUUUGAGUUCAUCAGUUUUCCUCCCACCCGACGGGCAAAACGUAACAGGAAGUCACGGAUGUCUCCCUAA